UUAACAAAUACUUGCCGACCUAUGUCAGACUCAGGUCCUGUUCAAUUACCAAAAGGAAAAGUAGUGGGAAGAAAAUGGAAGAUAGUAAAGAAACUCGGAGAAGGCGGCUGUGGCGCCGUUUACAAAGUACAAGACAUCACUAACAAAACUAGUUUUGCUGCGUUGAAAGCCGAAUCGAAUUUUGUUGCAGGAGGAACUGUAUUAAAAUUAGAAGUUCAGAUUCUGAAGCGCUUAGCGGGACGACCCCAUGUACCACAGCUAAUUCAUUCGGGGAAAAAAGAACUUUAUUGUUACAUGGUCAUGACAUUACUUGGAGAUAGUCUUGGAGCAUUGCAGAAAAAAUUUGGAAGGAUAUCCAGCGUUUCAACGCAAGUUCGCGUCGGCAUUAACAUACUUUUUGGUGUGAAACAGCUGCAUGAUAUAGGAUUCGUUCAUAGAGAUUUGAAGCCUGCAAAUGUCGCACUAGGGAGACCGAACACUCCAGAAUAUCGAUUCUUACAUAUCUUGGACUUUGGACUAGCACGAGAAUUCGUUGUGAUUGGUGAUGACCACCGACUUCAAAUGAGACGACCAAGGCCUAGAGCAUUGUUUCGGGGCACUACUCGGUACUGUUCCAUCAACACGCACGAGAAAGGGGAACAAGGUCGGGUAGACGAUUUGUGGAGCGUUUUGUAUAUGUUGGCCGAGAUGCGAGGGAGUCUACCAUGGAGCAAUUUGAGAGAAAAGAAAGAUAUAAAUGAAAUGAAAAAGAAAACAUUGCAUGAAACGUUAUUGAAGAAUAGCCCUUACCAACUCGUACAAUUCGCCCGUCAUCUCGAUACAUUGAACUACUACAGCCAUCCCGACUAUAGCCUGUUGCACCGUCAUUUCAUGGAAAUCAUGAAGGCUGGGAAAUUCAAAUUCACCGACCCAUACGACUGGGAGAAGAAACUUCCCGAAAAAGCAAAAAAUCCACCAACUAUUACCAUUCCUCCCGAAACCCUAAAAAACUUCUCGGUAGCAAGUGCCUCCUUAGAUGUACCGGUUCCAGCAACAGGGAUUGCAGGAUCUAAACAAAAAUUAUCGCUCAUAAAGGCAACAGAGGAAGACCCGUUUCCAGCAGACUGGUUCCGCACCAAUCCUCUAGGGUUCUAGUAGUUUUAUGUUAUGCUCCCUUGAGAAAAAGCAAAGAAAAUGAUGUCAUUCGUUAGGUGUAAUACUCUAAUAACUGAAGUAAUUAGACUUAUAAAGCUAUGUUAAAACCG